CGGUGUUUUCUCAAGGUAUGAGUGAGACGUUCGUGAAAUAGUGUGUUGUCGGGCAGCGGGGGCCUAUUCGAAGCGUUCUCAGUUCGUGCUGUGCUCUCUCUGAAGAAUGGCAGCGACAGCAGAUCAGAUUCGGGACAAACUGGUGGCGGAGAUCGGAGCGGUGCACGUGGAGGUAGAGGACACGUCGUCUAACCGAUGUGCCGCCAGCUUCAAGGUUCUCGUGGUGUCGCCGCAGUUCGAGGGUAAACCGUUGCUGCAGAGGCACAGGAUGGUGAACAACUGCCUGGCCGCUGAACUGAAGGACAUACACGCCUUUGAGCAGAAGACUCUUACGCCAGAGCAGUGGGAGAAACACAAAGCCCAAUGAUCUCUCUCUCUCUCUCUCUCUCUCUCACACACACACACACACACACACUCGUGACUGGAAUCUUCUCGCAUUAGCACAGUACGUGGAACAAGAGGAAUAUCCUUCUGACAAAGGAUGUCCACAGUGGAGUUUUCAGUCCACGAGACAAAACCCUUCACUGUGCCCCCCUGCAUCACCUCUUUUUUCUAACCCAGGCUUUUUCAACAGAAACAUGCAGCUAAAUAAAUGUGAC